CGAAGCUGUAACGGCUCGCGUAUAAAGAUGGGACAGGGAUUGGGAAGCUCCCCAGCACUCCAGCUAAGCCGCUCUUCGUCUCUUAUUCACGACCUUUACUUGACUUGACGUCUCUCUUCUUUCAUCUCUUUAUUGCUUUCGCAACUGCUUCUUUGCUUGACGAAGAUCACCUGUAGCCCUAGUAGCCUCUCGACGCCUUUCAACGUCCUUACGCCUUAUACGCCUCGCCAAGACACCAUAUCGCCGGUCGAUACUCCUACACGCACACAUCCCACAAUGUCUUUCAACAUGAACGUCUUUGCCGGCCUCCCCACCGCCCUCACCCACGCCCUCACGUUCCUGACGACCCCCUUGCUCAUGGUGUACCCGGCCACGACGGUGCUCAAGCUCCAGCUCAUCCUCCAGGGCAACAUCCUCUCCCACUACAUGCCCGCGUUCUCCCUCACGAAACCCAGCAAGACCACAGCGUGCCCGUACGACAUCCGCCUGCUCCUCGCGCCAAACCAGCUCCCGCCCACGCCUAUCCUCGCCGCGUGCAUCGCGAUGGGCAUCGACUGGCCGACGUGGGCGACGCUCCUCGGCGGCGAGGCGCUCGAGAUCAUCAUCACCGAGGACUGCUUCGCCUUCCGCGCCGCGGGCAAGCUCACGAUCGUCUGGCAGGCCAGCGUCGGCAUCGCGAAGCGCCACACUGUCGCCGCGCGCCAGGCCGUGGCUGCUAAACCCAACGACAUCCGUAUGCCGACCGUCACCGCGAUCUCCUCCGCGGCGGACGUGGACGCGAUGGAGAUGGACGUGGACACGAUGGCGGUGAGCAUCUCGCGCCCGUCGUCGCGCUCCUCGACCACCUCCUCGCACGCGUCCCUCUCGUCCUUCGCCUCCUCGGGCAACGAGAGCGCUACGAGCGCGGGCUCCGAGCAUGCGCCGUGCAUGAGCGACGAGGACAUGCCGUACUCGCCGCCCAAGGCUGCCCCCCGCGCGCGCUCGCCCUCCGUCGCCGCGAUGGACGUCGAGGACCAGCCGUACCGCCCGGGCCCGCGCCGCGUCGUCGUCGACAAGACGCGCCAGCCGCAGGCCUACAAGUACCAGGGCGGUGAGACCACCGUGCUCACCGGCGGCGUCAUGCUCGGGCGGCCCUCGAAGGCGCUGCCCAAGCUCGCUUCCUCCCCGCGUCUGCCCUCUGCUCCGUCGACGCGCCCCUCCCCUCGCCCUGCCUCUACCCCUGCGCCCAAGCAGAGCAGCAAGCCUGUCUCCGACGGACCCUGGCGCCCCUCGUGGCGCUCGGGCGCGCGCAAGAUGUCGCGCCUCAUCGCCCCCGAGUCCGACAACUGGCGCUCGCGUGCGUAAGGGCAUACCUUCCUUGUAUGAUGGGCAUGCCAUCCUAGUAUGACGGGCUUGCUGUGCUCGCAUGUCUGAGGCCUACCACUUUGCGAUACCUCGAACAUUCGCGCAUCGUCCUCUAUCCGUCCGCUUAUUAUCCUCUAUCUAUCCGACCAACCCACCGCUCGACGCGCGGUCUGGCAGGGCCCUGCCGUGCGUCGUUGCUAGAUCUUGGUCCACGCUAGAUGCUGGUACUCUUUCCUCUUUCUUAUCCCGAAACGAUUUUCUAUCCCGGACUGACGCCCUUGCUUCAUUUGACGCCUGCUAGCUUCACUUGCCGCCUGCUCGCUUCACUUGAUGCCUGUGCAUCACCCCCAGCCCUUGCACCUUCCCCUUGUCUCCUCCUUGGACAACGAUUGUUUAUGACUUUCGACUCAGCUCCCCGUGUUCAUCACCUUUGCUCCAGUUCAUAUUAUGUACAACGCUUUGUCACUUGCUCUCUGUUUGCUACGCAUCUAAUGUAUCCAUAUAGUAUUCUGGCAUGUGCUCCUAGUGGGCGGCCACAAUGAACAGACCAUUGGUGUCCUACUAUCACGAGUGAUUGUCCUCAACUGCGAGUGAUUGACCUCAAUUGCGCGCGGUGGCCGGUGACCUUUCGGUUUUAGCUGUCUGCUGCGUCUGACCACCAUUAGCCUCUAGCGCGAACGUGUGCCCAGGUCGCCCAAACCGUGUACGCCGCACUCGACGUUCUUGCUAUCUGCGCCUGCAGCCUCGCCCUCGCUGGUGUUAGCCUGCAGCCUCACCGUUGGUUUGAGCCUGCAGCCUCAACAUUGGUUGUAGCCUGCGGCGCCGCCGGCACGUAGGUGGCCUCGCUACUCCGUCUUGUCAAAGGGAAGCACGUCUUACCAGAGCGAGGAAUCACGGCCUGCC